AUGCCUCUGUACAGAAGAAAGCCGUUUCCUCUGGUGGAGAAGCCCAAGGAUUUAAAGCCUCAAGAGCUUGUCUUUCAAGUCCGAUUUACUAAAGAAAUCUUCAGAGAUUAUAGUGAAUAUUUGAAGAGGAUCAAUUUAUAUCGAAAAAGAGUGUGGACAUGCAAAGCCACGGGGAAGGUUAACUUAACCUAUGAAGAGGCUUUGGUUUCAGAGAAAGAAGCCGCGGAAAGAAUCCAAAAUUUUCCUAAGGAUUUGGUGGCUCCUGUGCUUCGUGAAGUUCAAUUCAGCAUGCUCACAUUAAGGGAUCUCGCAAAUUCUAUUGCUGCAAAGUUACAGGGACCCUUCUCAGAGGGUGCUAUAUUAUAUGGGAAAAAGGAUGGCCGUUUACAUAGGUGUAAAAUUGUGAAGGUUUCCGAAGAGGCGGACAAAACUCAUUACGAGGUUGCCUGGCUUGGAAGUGAUAAUAAAGUAAUUGGAAAGGCAUUAUUAAAAGGCGAAGACUUGACUGGGAAGAAACUGCCUUUUACUAGGGCUGUUCUCAAGUCCUUUAUCAAAGAUUCAACAUAUCGAAGUUUUCCCUGGGUCUUACACGAUAGUUUGGUGAAGAAACAUGGAAUUUCUACUUCUCCUCCUGAAGAACUAAAAAGUAAAAUUUCCAUACAAGAUGGACUUGUAGUUAGUAAUAGGAAGAGAAAGAGAAGUGACAAUGAGAAAAAUACUGUGGAGUCGAAUGAAAAUGGUUUCGUUCACAGGAAAGGAAAUGAGAAACCAGAAGCUCAGGCUGUUAAAUAUCCCAUUGACGAUCUAUUGGUGCAACCUUCUGAGGAAGAUCAAUAUUUGACAGAGCGUCCUUCUCCAUGCAGGGAUUUCUAUGUACCCAUGGAGUGUGUUGGGAAUCUUUUGAUGGUGUGGGAUUUCUGUACUUCUUUUGGCAGGUUAUUAAGCUUGUCGCCAUUCUCCCUUGGAGAUUUUGAAAAUGCCAUUUGCCAUAAGGACAGUAAUCCAUCUCUCAUUGUGGAAUCUUAUUCAGCUCUUCUUCGCUUGCUAAUGAAAGACAAUGGGGACUUCUCCAUGGCUAUAGAAAAUAAGAAAAGGAAGCCAAAGAUUACAGCGAUCACUUGGACAGAGUAUUUAUGUGAUUUUGUGGAAACAAGUUGUGCUUUGAAAUUAUCUACCCACGUCAGUACAAUUAAGCGGGGUCACUAUGGCCUUUUAAACAUUAAUGUGAAACUGGAAAUCUUCCGAGAACUGGUCGAUCAAGUCCUUGCGACAGACAUUGUUCGGGAGAAGUUGGACGAGCAUAUUGAAGAGCAUCAUGCACUUGCCUCGACAAGGAGAGAUGAAGCACUUGAGGAAGGUAAAAAGAGGAGGGAAGAAAAAGGACGCAGGAAAGCAGAGACUGACGUCAAGGAAGUUGCAGUAGAGCAUAGACUGAAAUCUGCUGCUAGUAAUCACAAUGAACUGAAUGGACUUAUUUCAGAGAAAAGGAAUGGGAUCUCUCCACAGAAUCUCUCAUCUGGGGACAGUGAGAGUGAACGAGGCAUCGUCCUUGAGAAGAAUGCUAACAAACUGAAGGAUGAUAAUGCCUCGAUAGAAGAUACUAGCAAUCCGUCUAGAAAGGCCCUGAAACUGAUGAAAGUUGACAUCAAGGAAGCAAUAGAAACGAAAAAUACUGCACAAAGGAAAGAAUACCUUGAACGGGAGAUGGAGAAGAGAAUUGUACGCACCAAUCCACUGGGGAAAGACAGAAAUUGUAACAGAUAUUGGUUUUUCCGACGUGAAGGAAAAUUAUUUGUUGAGAGUACUGACUCCAUGCUGUGGGGUUAUUACGAGACUAAGGAAGAGCUUGAUGCUUUAAUUGGCUCGUUGAAUCCAAAGGGUGAGAGGGAAAGAGCUCUUAAAAAGCAGCUGAAGAAAAACUACAACAAAAUAAACUUGGAACUUCAGAAAAGAUCAAAGGAGGCUGCUCACAGGAUUGCAAUGGAAGAAGAGGCUGUGCUUAGGAGGUCUACUCGCGUUCGUGCACCACCUAGGGAAAAUCCCGCAUUUGCCUUCCUUAAGUAUGUAAACAAGUGGAAAGAACUCUAG